CUUAACGGUUAGGGUCGUGGUAUUAUUCUAGCAUUAGUCAGCUUGAGGUAUUGUGCGGAGAAAACUUUAGUCAAUCUCUUCGCCUGAACUAACCUGUUAAUGUUUCCCAUCUGCAAUUGACAGGUGAUGUGAAAAAUACACUUUGUCAGUUCUCCCAGUCACUUAGUCUGCACAGCUUUUAAAUAAGUGGCUGUAUGAACAAAUACUCUCCAUCAGUUUAACAUAGUGUAUCCACCUGGCCAUGACGUGACUGACCUUCCACAACCAGUUGUACCAGUGACAGCUGUCUCAGUCCCAGAUAACCCAUAGAUUGAUAGAGUUAUUACAGCCAGAGUCAUGGGCAGGACGGUGGUGGCAGAGGACAGCCUGCAGGACAAGCUCACUGCAUUGGCUAAAGCUGGUACCUUCCAGAUUGGCAUACUCAUUGGUCAGAGCACUAAUGACCGUGACUUCAUUGUUCAUUUGGCCCCGACGCCUAUCCCAGAUGAAGGAGAUUUGAGUUCAGAAGAAGAAGAGGCUCUGCCAAGUCCCAAGACAGAGGCCAAACCAAAAUUUCCUGACUCAAUUGCUAAGGUAGUCGACAGUACCAUAUCUCAGCACACAAGACAGGUUGUGCGCAUGCUGCCAGGUGGGCUGGAUAUUAUUGGCAUCUACGUGGUGACACCUCAAGCAGAGUUUAACUCUUCUCUCAGUCAGUCUAAGCUGCGCUCUCUUCUGGCAUUGGCUCACAGGACAGCAUCCAGGAUUCUGUUAGACACGGCAGAAGUUAGAACUGAGAAGACUAUCUUACACGUUUGUUCACAGACAUUCAAGAUUUUCUGCAAGAGUGUGGAUGUAUCCCCCACAGCACCCAGUCUUCCAGCAAAUGCUGAACUCAAGUUUCAGCGAGGAGGAAUCAAAUGGCAGCAGCUGAGUUACUCAUACAAUAUCAACCUUAACUUCUGGCUUCCAAAGGACAGGUCGACACAGUCUCUCUAUAAGACAAUUCUCACCUUGAUAAAACCCUGGGCGAAGAACGUGACAGAGAGUCUCAUCCUCAUUGACUCGGAACUCCCGGAUGAUGACGAGCCAUUGAAUUCGAGCGUAGAUGAAAAACCGUCCAAGAAAAAAGGGGGCAGUCGAGGCAUCAUGGAGUUAGUCCCCCCAAAAGUCUUCUUUGCAGAAAUUCUUGACUCUUGUGCUCCUUUAACAUCUAGUAAUGGGUUAAAUGAAAGCUCUGGUUGUAUACGUCUCACUGGAACUCUGGCAGGAUUGGCGUUUGUGCAUUCAAAGGCAACUGUGGGAGAGGCCCGUUCUGCCGUGUUGAUUGAUCUAGUUCGCUCUGUUGUGGCUAGAUGGGAGAUGCACUGUGAUUCCCUUGUGGAUGAACCACCAUCACACCUCGUUGGCCCCAUCAUCCACGAGCCUCCACGUCGAGUAUUUUUAGAAGGUGGUGGGUUACCUGUGAGUUUGUGUGAUUAUCUCUUCCCUGGUGACACCUGUUCUGAUGCCUGCCAGUCUGCCAAGGAGCUGCUCAGUGUCAGAGUUCGUAAAGAGCAUGUAGAUGAUACCCUCGAAACUCAUGCAGAUGCUGCAGAGGUAAUGGAUGGAGGUGAUGUGGAUGCCGACGGAGCACAACAGCUGGAAGGUGACGGUUCCAGCCGGGAGGAAACCUGUUCCAUCAGUUAUAUACUAUUAGCUGUCAUUAUUGGCGUACUAGGUAUUGGAGUAUCGUAUAUCGCAUUGCUAGGGACAAAGGCUUUAACAUAAUGUCAUACAUAAUUUUUGUAGGUUGUUAAUCAUUGAGACACUAUAGGUAAGUUAUCCAUCAGAGCAGAUAUGUGUUCCUAGACACCCAAAGAACAUUUGAGAUGGAAUUUUUGUACUUUAGAAGAAAAUAAUAUAUAUACUGUGGCAAACCAUGUUAUUCAAGCCAAUGGAUAAUUUUGUGUACCAGUAAUGGUUUUCACACCUGUUCAUUGUUGAUAGUGUUCAGGAUUGUUGGGCUGUGUUGUGGUUUUAUGCUCUUCCUUACUUUCUUUUCCUGCUCAGGGUCAUUAUUCCUUACAUCUAUUCCUGCACUGAAUGUAUGCCAGAUCGGGAUUCUAAUAUUAAACAGUUUUUCCUAACAGUUUACUCACUUGAAGGUCUGCAUUUUCAUUUCUCAGCUGAAUAAGGACUUGAAAAAAUUAAAGUACUUCUGUAGUUUUGUGAUUCUUUAUUGAUUCGAAGGUGUAGAUGACAGUUAUAUUUCAGGAACUGGAGCUAUACAGAUGAGGAGAAAUGUGUUAUUCAAAAGAAAAGAGUGUGUGUGUGAUUUAACAUCUAUUCUUGUAAUGGUGAGGUACUGUAAGUGUGAUGGCACAAGCUUAAUUUAUUCAACGAGAAGAAUUUUGCUCAACUAUAUAAUAACUUCUUAUUGUAUACUGUUGUUACUAUUUGGAUAAAGCCAAGGAAUCUAAUAUCUAUCUGUCUGUUCAUUUAUGUCUUGUAUGAGUCAGGCUUAACUGUAAAGCCUCUUCCUAUACACAAUCCUCAUUAAUGCAUGUCAUUUCUGGUGUGGCUGGAUGUUCUUAGUCCAGCCUCCUUACCUGAUAGAGAAACAUUGUCAAAUACAGUACUGUAGAUGGGUAGCUCAAGUUUUGUUUGAUGGAGAAAGUUUGCUUUUGGCCCACCCAGUGUCAAGUUUUGGAAGAGAGAAGAAAGUGUCUGACUUUGUCAAAUUAUGAUAGACAUGUUUCACCAAACUUUGAUAGGUACAGAAAGAGACAGAUAGAGUUCACCAAAUUGUGAUAUGUAAUGUGCAUUAGUUGAUGUAGGUACGGUAUCUGUGUUAGGGAAACUGUGUAAUAAAUCCUUGGCUUUUAUUUUCAGUAGAUUACCACCCACGACAACUUAAUGGCUUAUCAUUUUGUCCUGCCACAGAUAAUCUCUGGUAUAAUGUAUUGGACUGUCACAUGUAAACUUCAGUGACUCUUCCUUUAUGUUCCGAGGCAGCUUGGUUGUUUUUGUUUUGUUUCUUCCCUAAAGAGGGUUGUUAAAUUUCUCCAUAACUUCAAUGAUUUUUGGCUGUGCUUAACCUUUCCUGGCUUGAACCAUGGAUGUUUUUCAUGCAUAGGGAAUUUUUUCAAGGGUGACGUAAUGCAUUUGUUGACCAAUUGUAUAUUGGUAUUUUUUUCCAAUUUGCACAUGUGUUUUGUGUUAAAUUUUUAAUGAUAACAUAGAUUGAUAUACAGAAUACUUUUUGUAAGUUGAAACAGUUUGUUCUGAUGAAUGUGGUAUAAUACGUGUUAAAGAGUCUGACUUAUUGAAUUUUGUACACAUUUUUGCUUUAUGAUUUAUUUGGUUGCCAGAUUAGGGGCUGUUGCUUGCUUCUUUUGGCUCUUUCCUAAAUACGCUUAUUUUAUUAUGACUUACUGUGUCUGAUUGAUUUAUCAAUUAAUUUCCUUUUAAAGAGGCAAGAAUAGAAUAUACUUUUUUACAUGAGAAACAUGAAAAUAAACAAAUAAUACUAAUGUAACCAGGAUAUAAAUUCAAUGAACAAUAUUAUAUAAAAAAGGAGAGUGUAGGGAAAAUUGAAGAUAUUUUUGUUUUAGCAAUUUUUGCAGUCGGUGGGUACAGUACUUCUGCUUAAUACCUUACCUCUUUCCUGUCACUUUCUAUACUUGCCUAGUGCUACUUUUGUAUAAUUUUCCCUCUUUAAGAUGUCUCUGCCUCUUGAUUCAUCCCACAUAUAAGUAGAAGAGGAGGAACGAUAAUGCAGAUAGAUUUAAGUCUCUCAAAUGUAUGGUACUGAAAGUUUACCUGUUAAAAGAGACAUUCAAAUUAGAUUCGGAGUUUUACCAGUCUGUUGUUAUUAGGAACUUUAGAAAUGCAAUGUCGAUGUAUCCUGUACACGUGUUUCAGUAAUAAUUCAUGAUACAGUAAGCUUUCACAUUAUCAGAUUUUGAAGUACUGGAACUCAAGGUUAUUGCACACUUAACCCCUUCACUGCAGAGACACUACUACUGUUUUAAUUUGGCUAAUCCUAGACGAUUUUAUUCAAGCCAGAGGGGUCCCAUACGCAAGGGAUUAAAAAGAAUAACAUUUAAUUUGCCAUUCUACUAAUAUAAGUUGUGGACAAAGGGUAUGCAGGAAUGUAUGGCUCAGCAUUUAUUUUCAAAUGUGAGAACAAACUAAACCAAACAAGAGUUGUAAUUUAUGUAGUGAAUAUUAUUUUUGUCUUUUUAUUUCUGCCAUGGGAGAAUUUUUUAUUUUCAUAUAAAACCUAAAAUUGCAAUUACCGGUAAAAAAAAUCAACCUGAACAUGAAUACUGUAUUGAGGUUAGAUAAGUCUAAUUCUCUUCAGUUGUUUGUACAGUGCUGUAUUUUCCUCCCCUUACCUUGAACAAUAAUACCAAGUCUGACUCAGUUUACAUAGUGUACAGUACAUGUAUAAACCUUUAUAUGACUAACACACAAACAUAGAAAAUGGCCAUAAAAUAAUAAUAAUAAUGAUGAUAGAUAUUGUAUACAGUAGUGUACUUGUUAAAAAAAUAAUUAACUGGAUAUUGAAGAUAAUGGAAUUAAAAACUCCAAUAAUAUAUCGCUCAAGUUCAAGUGUAUGUUAGUAAAAAAAAAUUUAAGUAGGUAACAGUAAGUAUCCAUAAUUAAUAAAUGAUCAUUGAUUUAUUUGAGAACCCUAAGUGAUUACAGUACUAUAUUUUAGGACAUGCCAUAAACAGGAACCUAAAAAUAGAUUAUUGUGAUGAUAUGAUCAGACUUUUUUCCUACUGGUUUUUAGGUUCCUGUUUAUUGCAUGUCCUAAAAUAUAGUACUACUGUAAUCACUUAGGGUUCUUGAAUUAAAAAAUGCCCUUGUAGUGUACAGUUUAUGCUUGAAUAUGGUCAGUCCUAAUAAGUCUGAUAAAGUGAAGUCUUACUGUACGGAGAAUUACACACACUAAUCAAGAUUCCAUUCUGUGAGGGUUCUGUACUGUCUUAAAGUAUAGAAAUUUGAUGCAUGUGAAAAGGUGCUCAAUUUAAUGUUUUAUGUUUGAAGAUUUUUGACAGCAGGAUGAGUGAAUGAUGGUCAAUAUUAUGUUUUUUGUACAGUUUGAGAAAGGAAUUUAUACAGGAUAUUUUUUUUUCGAGAACCUUAAAUAGGGUUCUUAAAUAAAAAAUUACUCUGUAGAAAAAAUUUAUGGCGUAUCCAGGAAUGUAAGUGGGAGUUUCUGUAAAUGGUAUGUACAGUAUUUAUUAAAUAUUGUUGGUGCUGACAGAACUACUACAGUAUACAGAAAAUUACUUAGUUUGCAGAGAAGUUCUUGGCAGUAUGUGGCACAUAUUUAUUAAAAGUCAUGUGAAUUGAGCUUUUUUUUUGUGUGUGUGUAUUGUUUAUUUGCCUACACUUAUACUGUGCCUGCUAAAUUGUGUGGUGUAUUUUGUGAGAUAUGGCAACUCUAUCGAAUGGUUAUCUAGCAUCCUUAGUCUGUCUUCUGUUGUGAGUCUCCUUAUAGCCAUGUCUGAGAGUUUUAAUACGAUGUUAACAAAAACAAAGUUGCCACACCUCUCAAAACGUGCCAGCCAUUGUACCAGGUAUAAGUGCAAAUGACUGUACAUUAAUAUAAAUUGUGCUUUAAAGUCGAUUCAGUGACAAUUGAGAAUAUUU